ACUGACCAGCGUUGGCGGAACUGGUGGAGCAGUUUCGCUGCCUGGUAGGAGCUGGGGUCCGCAUUGAAAAGUCUCCUGGCCCCUGUGUCAGCCAGCAGCUUCAGGAAGGUAGGGACCUCGGCGCAGGGGCAGCCGUAUGUCUCGACUGCAAGUGGGAAAAAUCCGACAUACGGAGCCCGAUUUCGGUAAUGGGAGAUUUUCUUGUCGGCUUGCUCCCGGGCCAUGUAUCCGCGUCCUUUUCUAGCCAUCUCGGGCCAUCCGUAUGCUCUCGUCCCGCAGGGCAUUAUGGGUGUCAGUCCGUCCGUGCCCGGUGCCACACCGAAGCAGGUGGUUGGGCAGCCUGGUGUCGAGGAUUUCGAAUUCCUCGGCGCAGUUGCAAGUGCGGGGGGCUGGGAAUGGAAGGCCGAGGCGGAAGGCCAGGGCAAUGGCGAAGUGUGGAGCUUCGAGGCGGAGGGAUGGGAAGAUGGGGAUGGCCUGAAGCCAGUCCCCUGCUCCAUAUCCAGCCAGGGAAAAGAGGCGUUGGGUGUGCCCAGAGAGGAUAAGCGGUGUUGGAGUGGGGAGCCGGAGGGUUCCGUCCUCUCGGAGUGCAGGAGCUCCCGGGCUCGUGGGGGCAUCGCCGUUUCACACUUCGCCAGCCAGGUAUGCAAGUGGGUGGGGCUGGUGAAAGGUGGCGUGAGGUGCCGGACAGCGUCGGCCAGGGGCCCUCCUGACGCUGCUGGGAGGUCAGCCAAGAGGCCCUGGGCUUGGGUGAGGCUGGUGAGGUAGGCUGGGUAUCCCUCAAUUGCG